AUUUUAUUUGAGUUUUGAGAAGUGUGAACCAACAGUACACCGCCACCAGUGAUGGAGUUCACAAGUCGGAAUUCCGUUAAUCGACACCAAAGAGAUUUGCAAAUAAAUUAAGAGAAAUCCCAACGUCACACACACACACAUACAUACAUACAUACAUACAUUCGUAUGUAAUUAAGUGCAACUAGUUUCAUGGUUAAACUGGUUUUCUGCGCAAAAUUGUAACGCUGUACAAGUAAAAGCCCAAACAAAUUAUGUUGUUAAAUUUGUGUAAAAAUUCAGAAGGCGUUUUUCGCGCUGAAUUUCGAACGCAAUUGUUGGCGGCAGCGAGCGUAACCAUAAUCACAUUUUGCCAUGGCAUCGGACUGGGUUGGUUCGCGCCAAUGCUGUUCAAGCUGCAGACACCCGCUGAGAGUCCGCUCGACUUUGAGGUCACCGUGGAGCAGGGCUCCUGGAUGGGUGCGCUGGUGUGCCUAGGCGGUUUCACGGGCAAUGUGCUGUUUGGCCAACUGCUGGAUCUGAUUGGGCGUAAAGCCUGCAUAUAUUGUUUGGCCAUACCGCAUAUUUGCUUCUGGUGUCUCGUCUACUUCGCGCAAUCCAUCGAAUAUCUGUAUGCGGCGCGCUUCUGUGGUGGCAUCACUGGUGGCGGCACUUAUGUUGUCAUACCGAUUUUCAUUGGCGAAAUCGUCGAUCCAACCAUCCGCGGUCGUCUCACUUCACUCUUCACACUCACCUUGAACUCGGGCAUGUUGACUGGUUGCACGCUUUCUUCCAACGUACCCUAUCACAUCAUACCGUUACUGGUGAUCUCAAUGCCUUUGCUAUUCUUGUUGAUCGAAACAUAUUUCCCCGAAACACCGUCGUAUCUUUUGCAUCGCGCGCAGUUUGAGAAAGCCGAGAAAUCCUUCAUGUUCUAUCAGGGUCACAAGCCGGAGGCCAAACAGGAUGUGGAUAAGUUCAAUGCGAAGUUCACGGAGUUACGCGAUGCCGUUAUGGCACAGAAGUCACAAACAGACGACGUCACUUGGCGCGAUUUUUUUAGCAAACGCGCCAUACACGCUCUCAGCAUGGGUAUUAUGCUGAUGGUAAUUAAUGUCUUCAGCGGCAGUUUUGCGUUGCUCAACUACACUUCGUCCAUUUUUGUUGCCAUCAAAACGGAUAUCCAUCCGAAUACGAACACUACCAUCAUUGGUGUUGUACAAAUUGUCGGCACCAUAACAGCCAUCAUAUUGGUGGAUCGUUAUGGUCGCAAAAUGUUGCUUAUGUUCUCCACCGCUUCGAUGGGUAUUUGCUUGGCCACGUUCGGCAUGUAUGCGUUCUUUGCCGAAGAGACUAGCGUGGAUCUUACACCUUAUCGCUCCUGGUUACCGCUGCUAUUUAUGGCGCUUAUCAUACUCUCGGCGAAUGUGGGCGUCAUACCCGUCACAUUUGUCGUGUUGGUGGAGAUUUUACCCGCGAAGAUACGUUCGAAAGGCGCUUCCAUUUGCUUGUCAUUGUUGAGCGUCUUCACAUUUAUUUUGAUAAAAAUUUAUCCACCAUUCAUGGAGGCAUUCGGUUUGUCGGCGACAAUGUGGGCCUGCGCAGCGUGUGCCGCGCUUGGGCUAUUUUACAUAUCCAUAUUUCUGCCAGAGACGAAAGGCAAGUCCAUGGAUAAAGAUAAUGCGUAAAGAGUUCUAGAAGUAAAUAUAUAAGUACUUAUGUAAAUAUGUUCUUUUCUUAAUACCAUAAACUAUAUGUAAAUACUUAUUAAUUUAUGUAAAUCCAAAUAUAUUAUUUAUUUACAUCAAUAAAGAAAUCGAAAAUAUUAAAAAAAUUGAAAAUA